UCCCGUCGGACUUCGGGACGGUGCUGUCGGUGAUGUACGUGGCUGGGGUGGCGGGCAACGUGUACACGCUGGUGGUGAUGUGCCACUCGGCGCGCUGCGCCGCCCCCAUGUACAGCUCCAUCGUCAGCCUGGCCCUGGCCGACCUGCUCUACCUCUCCACCAUCCCCUUCAUCGUCUGCACCUACCUGGCAGACUGGUACUUUGGAGACCUGGGGUGCCGCAUCCUGCUCAGCCUGGACCUGCUCACCAUGCACGCCAGCAUCUUCACCCUCACCUUGAUGUGCACCGAGCGCUACCUGGCCGUCACGCGGCCCCUGGACACCCUGAAGCGCUCACGCGGAUACAGGAAGGUGACGGCGGGUGCCGUCUGGUCGGUGUCGCUGCUCCUCACGCUGCCCAUGAUGCUGAUGGUCACCCUGACCGAGGGGAGCAAGGCGGAGGGCAAGGUGAAGAGGAUGUGCGCGCCCACCUGGAGCAUGGACGCCUACCGGACCUACCUGACGGUGCUGUUCAGCACCAGCAUCAUGGCCCCGGGCAUCAUCAUCGGCUUCCUCUACACGCGCCUGGCCAGGACCUACCUGGAGUCCCAGAGGAACCCGCCCCACAGGGAGAAGAGCAAGAGGUCCCCGCGGCAGAAGGUCCUCAUCAUGAUUUUCAGCAUCGUGCUGGUCUUCUGGGCCUGCUUCCUGCCUUUUUGGAUCUGGCAGCUGGUGCGACUCUACAGCAGCCCCCUGCAGCUCACCACCCAAACCCAAAAGUGCAUUAACUACCUGGUGACCUGCCUGACCUACAGCAACAGCUGCAUCAACCCCUUCCUCUACACCCUGCUCACUAAAAACUACCGGGAGUACCUGCGCAACCGGCACCGCAACUUCUACAGGUUCACCUCCUCCUUUCGCAAGAGGGGCUCCAACCUGCAGUGCUCCUGGGGACGCUCCAUGUCCUCCAGCAACCAAUACGACUACAGCUCGGAGGCCCUGGGCAUGGCCACACUGAAGGACAAGUGAGGAAGAAGAGGCUCUCAGCGGACAUCAGGACCAGAAGAGCGUCUGGCCGAGGGCUUCUCUUGUUCCAUCUGACCUUAUGUUCCACCCCUGGAGGAAUUACAUCAAGAUUGGAUCCCCAAUGCCAUGGUCUGGGUUGCAAGUGAAGGAGAUGGUGAUGGCAUAGCGAGUGCCCCACUGAACCUUUUCCACCCGGUGCAGAUUCUCUGAUCCAGAGGUGAAAAAGGAAACCCGGCCUGUAAAGACAAAGUAUUUAAUCAGCGACAUAGAGUUUGCCACUCAGCAAUCAGCUCUACACAGUUCUGCUGUUGUUGUCUCAGUCCAGCUGCUCCCUAGCUACCUGAGAGCCCUUCGCUCAUCGCACAGACAAACUGCUGUGAGCUUAUGCUGCACUCUGACAGCUUUAUGGACUGUUAUGUUAAUCCUUCGUGCUGCAAAGCUGGAGACGUAAUUCCACACAUCUCAUAGUUUAUAGAAGGCAGGAGGAAGCCAAGAACAUACAAAUCCAGGUUUUAGUUGCCUCAGUUAAAAAGAAAAAAAAAGAAAAAGGCAUCUCUGGUGACAAUCAGUGAAGCGCAUGGGUUUCUCCCUGCUUCCCUUCUAAUCUGGGCUCUAAUUUUAGACCAAAGAAGGAGGAAGUGCUACAGAGGUGGUAAGAAGUCUUCAGUGAACAAAUGCUCAGCAGGUUUACAAGUAGCUGUGGCAGCUUAUUAGCACUGUACCAAGUAUUUGCUAUAGCUUUUUGUACGCAGCCAGAUCACUCACUCUUGAGCCAGGAUAGAAAGUUAUGUAUGACUCUCAUAUACAAAUUAAUUUUCCUUAGGAGUCACUGCAUCAGUACACAGGCUUGGAAGUUGUUUUAUAGAUGCAAAUGCUUUCCCCUGUGCUUCAUCCUGUCUAAGCUCUGACCAUCACACCGCCUUGCCCUGGGGCUCUCCAGGCCUUAAGUUGCUUCAGGGUGGAACCCAGUGGCUUUGAUAACUCCAGCAAGCACCCCACUGAACACCAUAUCAGAAUGGUCACUCUGCAUUUCCACGCUAUUUAAGUAUUUUGAGAACAUAACAGUUUGAUGUUGAACAAGUGACAGAACUGAAGCAACUCUAGGACUGCUCAAAUUUCCAUAAAAGACAGUAAUACCAACACGCAUCACUGUUUCACCCCAAUAGCAUAUGUUUUUCCUUCUCAUCUAUUUUUUCCACUGUUCAGACUGGGCUAAACUUUGUUACAAGCUUAUCUAGGAGAACUCACACUGACAGUCUGAUUCUGCCUGGGAUCAUUCACCACCAGGCCAACCAAAAAACUUCAGACUUUAGUCUGCACAAUUACAAGACAAGCUAUUCCAACUCUGGUACACUGCAGAAAAUGGACAUCAGCUACAUAGCUGAUGUUCUUUGCUAACUAAAGAUGCAGAAGUUACUUUGCUUGCAUGCUCUUCAGCAGCACACGUGGGAAGUUUGAACAAAACCAGACUGGCCUCAUGGAGCUUGAGCUGCCUGUGUCCCUGCACAUUCAGCUGCAGUUUGUAUUUAUUCUCUCAUAGGAAGCAGUCUCAGCUGCCAAGCAGAGCUAUGAACUCAUAUAUCAUACUCUUCUCUGCCUCUGGCUGUAUAUCAAUAAUGUGUAAAGCUAUAAAUAUAUGUAAAAAAAUGAAUUUAUUUGUACACAUAGCUCAUACACACCUUGGUGUCCUGCUCUUCUGGAAGGAAGACUGUAAACAAAAGCAAUGCUCUCCUAUUCUGCAAGUGUUACGAUGAACAGAAUGACUCUUGAGGUUUUAAUACAAAGCCCAUUUAAGUUGAAAAUGGGGGGUGUUUUUUUUUGCUUUCUUAAAAUCUCAUUUGAAUACCAAUCAACUACGUCACGAUUAGUCCCUCGCCUACUCACCCAAAGCUUUGCCUUACACAGACUCUCAAGCUUUUUUCAUUGAUCUCCUAUUAGAAACAGUAGUAAUUCAGAAUUAGACAAGUUUUCAGUGUAAUGUUUAAACCAGUUUAAAUGGAUUCUUUAACUACAAAGAACGUGUUUUAAUUUUCUUCUUUAAUAAAUAUAUGUCUUCAGAUA